GGCUGUGAGUGGCGCUGCUGCGGACAGAUCUGGCAGUUGGUGGAGGAAAGCCUGUCUUGGAUCAGCCGGGCCUACAUGCCUCAGCCUGCGUUAUUAGCUCUGAGUCAGAAUUUCCGUUGUAAACCUCAAAUCUCAGGAAUUCCUCCACGCACCAGCCCCAGUUUCUCCAGGCCAGGGUCUGGGGUGCUUAAUCUGCCAGGCGUUCUCUUAAAACCCUUAAACCACCCCGUCUCCUGCAGAAUCAAUGACUUCCCCCCGUCAUUCGAAGCAGAUGGCCUCCUCUGAAGGAACGGCGUCUCAGGAAGGAAUGGCCUCUCAGGUGUCACUGAGACAUUCGGUUGCUCUUGGUUGAGAAAUGGAUCUUUUCUUUUUGUGGGGUCGGGGCUGUUUCCAUGGCAGGGUCUCUGCUUUGCAUGAAGAGAGUUCCAGCUUCAAUCCCUGGCAGCAUCUCCAGGUAGGGCUGAGACAGACUCCCAUCUAAAACCCUGAGGAGACGCUGCCGGUCAGUGCAGGCAGGGUCACCAGAACCAGCACCAAGCACAGACAACAAACACUGGCCUUGAUCGACCAAGGGCCUCAUUCAGUAUAAGGCAGUUUAAUAUGUAUUACCGUCCCAUCAGAGACCCGUGAACAGCCAUCCGCCAACAUGGCCGCCGCUGCGUGCAUCUGCUUGCUGGCCAUUCUGAUGGCUCCAUUGUGUGCCUCGAGAUCGACACACCUUAGGAAACCGGCACUGGACGACGGUGGGAGUGGGGACAGCGAGGGAGUGUCCUCCAUCCCACCCUCUCUGGGCGUGACGGGUGCGAAUCCCACCUCGGACGACAUCCUCGUGAGCUCUGUGAAUGGAACGUCGACCUCCAUCAACAUCUUGGACGGGAUUAUGGACUUCUUCCACAAGUAUAUGCUGUUGAUUAUCGUGGUCGGUUCCUUGGUCUUCAUCUUCCUUUUUAUUGUAUGUGCUGCCGUCAUCGUCCGGCAGAAACACAAGGCUUCAGCCUACUACCCGUCCUCGUUUCCAAAGAAGAAGUACGUGGAUCAGAACGACAAGGCCGGCGGUGCCAAGGCUUUCAGCGAGGUCCCCGAGAAGGCCGUGGAUCCCCACCACGAAGAACCUGUUGACUCCACCAAACAGCUCCAAGCGGACAUCUUAGCCGCCGCCCAGAACCUCAAGUCCCCGACCAAGGCUGCGGCGGCAAAUGGAGAGAGUGCCAAAAUAGAAGACAGGCCAGCCAAAGAAAAGGAGGAUGACGAUAAAUCGACAGAUGGCAGUGAAAAAGAAGAGGAAGGAGCUUCUAAAGAACUGGACCGUCCACAGGAGGAGAAAGAAAAAGAGGAGGAGAAGGCUGAAGAGCCUAUAGAGACCCCGACUCCACACAACACAGGAGAUGCUGAGGUCAGUGGAGAAGACGCUCCAUCCGUGACGAAGGACCAAGUGGCGGAGGAGACCCCUGUGCCUUCUCCAGAAGAGCCCACAGAAGAGCCGGGGGCUGAUAAUCCAGUUGCACAAACCUCAGAAAGUGAGAAGGAACCACCAUGUGCCUUGGCAUCUCCUGAUGCUCUUGCUAAGGAGAUUAAAGACUAAAAUAAAUGAAAAUAAACCCAACUUGGGUUGGCCACCAGUUGACCAACGUGUCGGACGUUCAUCGCAAUCGACCAAACCACUGUUGGACUCCUCUCCUACGAAGCCGGCAAUACAAGGUCCUUUGGUCAUUAUACAAGACGGGUCGCCCACUUCUGGUGUCAAAGAACCCCCCAUUAGCAUGCAGUGGUUUUCUCUUAACGGACUCUUCCAUUACUUUGUCAUUACUGCACCGUUCUCUCUUGGCAUCACAACCAGACAUUAUUCGGUAGGUCAGGGUGAGCUUGGAGGAGAUACAGUUUGCAAGUAUUGGCCAAGGUGAUUGGACGUUCUGAUGUAAACUUGCAUUCUGUUUCAACAUGGCGCAGACGGAUUCCUUUACAUAUAUACGAUGCAGCCUGUCAUUCAGGGUCCCUUGGGAGUUCCCUCCUCAUUAGUAGCAGCAGCCAGGUUUGACAUCACCACUUUCAAGUGGACACGGGGUUAUAUACAGAUGCACAUCAUCUUAGCGGUGAGUCCAUUGUAGACGUGUUGGGCCUUCUGGUUGGAACUCCAGGGCAACCCUAUUUUCUGCCCAAAUCAGAGUUAUACCAUGCUGAUUGGCCAGCCUUUGUGUCAAUCUCCAAAGCCACCUCCUCAUUCUGAGCAGAGCUGUUAACCAUGCUGAUUGGUUGGCCUUUGUGUCCGUCAUGAGCAGUGUUCCCUCUAAUUUUUUCCAGCUGUGCGCAGAAUAAGUUUUGCUCCUCGUUCAAUCUGCGCGGGAUCUAAAAUUAACUGAGCGGACAUUUAAAAACCUGUGUGUAUCUGCACACCUUAGAGGGUACACUGGUCACGAGCCCUCCUUUGCCCUUGUCGGAGCAGUUUUUUUUCAUUUUAAAAUUAUUAUAAUUUAAUUCAUUUUUUUGGUUCAUUUCAUAAUUGAUUUUGUAAUUUCCUUUUUUCAUUUUAUUAAAAGAAACAUUGAAACAGGACGCUGGACUGGAUGGGCCUUGGGCCUGAUCCAGCAGGGCUUUCAUUACGUUCUUAUUGAAAAAACUUUGCAAGGUGAUUGAAAAGAACAAGAAAACCAACACAAAUGUUUACUCGCGAGUAUGUUUGUGCUUGGAAGAGCUUUUUCCACAGCACAGAAACCUGUUCCUGUACCUCUGUACGUAGCCUCUUCCUGCACUUAGAGUUAUUCACUAACAAUAUGUACUGCUAUUGGCAGUUUCCAAAAGACGGCAACGAUACGUGAAGAAGAACCCCGCAUGGAAUCGAAAGCCUUAAGUACAAAAAUCCUUAUUUAAUCCAGCAUACAGCAUAUAUUAUAAAACCACUUUUAUACAUCAGAUAUUUCAUAUUGUAAUAAAACCUUUGCAUAUUAAAAAGAUGGUAAAAUCCACUGCAAACCAAACAUAAACAACUCAUAUAAGAAACCUUGUAUUUAUAGGAGUCCAAUCAAUUGACUGUAAUAGUGAAGAAGGGUGUCAGUAAAUGAUCUGAUGUCUAUAAGAGUGGUUUUAUACGUAUAAUUUAUGCGUAUCAUUUUAUACGUAUGUAUAUAUUCUUUACGUAUCGUUUCCCACUGGAUGGGGCAACCCAAGCCUUAAUUAGCUUGCAAUCAGUCCUGUAGUUUUUAAAUGCAUUCCCCACCCAUCCUGCUCACAACUUUUCCAGCUGGACUUGAUAAUCAAUCUCACCUCUGACACCAGCAAAAUCGGCUCCAAGCCCUGAAAGAAAGAUCUGCCUUGUAGCCUGGCUUCUGGCAGACACUAGUAUGGAAUCCUCCAAUAACUCUGAAGCCCCAAAGGCUUAUAUCGGGCAGUAUCGUUCUUAUAGGGCCGUAUCGGAGAUCAGUCAGGCAUCCGCGCCAGGGAGAAUGUGAAAUCAGAAGAUGCAUCUGGGGGGUAUGUAGGCAUGAUGUAGGCACCCUUAAAGAUCCAAGGAGCGAGAAGAUCAAGGAAAAUCAGAUGUGAAUAAAGCAUAUUUGAACUGACCUUUCUGUGACUCCGGGAACAUUUUUUCCCCUAUGAACACGGAACUUUCAUCUGUCAAGAGAAUGCUAGAUUUAUAACUGCUGUGAAGAAAUAGUGGGACAUUUAUACACCAAGACCAAAAUAAACACCAUCCUAACAUGUUACCUGGAUAUAUCACAUAUUUACUCAAUUUGCCAGUUCUGUUGGGCAGGGAAGGGAGAAGUUUUUUGUUUUAUUUUCCUAGACUUCUUUUUAUACCUCGAUGGAGGACUUUUGAGGGACCUUAAUAUUUCCAGCUGAGAUUUUAGAACAUUUCCCUUUGUGGGCCAAUCAGAAAAGAGAAAUUCGUGUGGUCUGUGUGCCAGUUUGACAGAGUCGCUAUUAUCUUACCUAUGACAAGCCUUGAAGAAGCAGAGAAAAUCUGCCAGCAUUUUGUCUGGCUUCAUAAAGGUUCUGCUGAUAUUUAUGACGGAGAGGAGCCUUUCCUAACUUAGCUCUUCUAGGCGGUCCGGAUACAAGAGGACAGAUGGCAUUCUCGGUAGCCUUAGCCAACCCCAAAAUAUAUUGCGACAUUUUCCUGGAGGAAUAAUCUAGCCCUGCAAUCUUUAUAUACUGAAAUCCCAUUCUUAAAAAAUUAGCCCAGAUUUAAAAAUAAGUUGCAAACUGAAAGGCUUAUUUCCUCCACAGUCUCUUUGAAUCUUCAGUUACUAAUAAAGUUUUUAUUUCCCCCCCA